CCAUCAUCCAAGCCGCGUUUGAUGCUCAGUGGUUUGAUACUGGUUUGACCAUGGGGCUCAAUCCCCAUCAAUGAAUCCAUCAGAAGCUUCACAUAAUGGAUGAUUGAUCACCGUCAUCUAUAUAUUCCCCGUAGAACUCAUCAUCAUGGCUCAAUCAAUAUACUCCUCCUACUUACAUACUACAGCUUCAACUCACUCAACCAUCCUCCAUCUAACCAAUAACAAAAAAGAAGAAAGAAGAAAAGAUAGUUCAACAUGGGCCUCUUCUGCAAACCCACUCGCAGAAGGACCACCCCCCUUCUCUACACUUGGUCCCGCCAACGCAUAUCCCCCCGACCAGACAUCAGGGACCCCAACGUGGAUGCCACCGCCGCCGCCGCUGCUCGCGUCUCCUACCGGGGUUCCUCGAGCUUUUCUCCCUCUCCCGGCGUGAGAGUCAGCGCGACGGCACGCGCAGAGCGACGUGGUGUGAGGGGAGAGCCUUCUCGUUACCGCGCUGAAGGUCUAGCGGAGACGUUCGACGGUGCAGGCCCUAGCUCGGGCUUGGGUUUGCGCUCGCACACGCGCCCUCCUCGACGACGUCGCGAACAGAAACUCUACGCUACGUCGGGGGUGGAUGAUGGCUGUAAUGGGUGCGAUGGGUGUUAUUUGCCGGAACGGGGAUUUGACCAAGAGGCCAAGGUCGCUUGCUGCGAUGGCUGUUGUUCCCCCUCUUUCUCCACAUCUGCCCCCUGCUACUGCUGCUAUUCAGGGCGCCGCGGGGACUGGUGCCCUGAUUGUGAGCAGGCUCCUAGCUAUGAUCGUGGUCGUAUUGGGAGUCGACUAGAUCGCUGCUGUGCUGCUGGGGUGGGCUGUUCCGGGGACGCUUGUGCCUACGAGGCCGGACUGGACUGUGCGGGUGGUUGUGAUUGUUCGGCAUGCUGAUGUUGAGGUAUUACAUUUGUGCUGAUAACGUAUUAGAAGGGUCGGCGUUUGGUUAUUUUAGAUCUGUGCUUUUGGGUGGUGUUUUCCUUGUUGUAGUGUUUGACAUGGUAUGGGGAAUAAAUUGUAGCUCAAGACAGGGACCACCAGUUGCGUCAUAGUGAUCUGCCCCUGAUAGUUCGCCCGUUUGGACCGAGGUUGGCUGCGUCUAGUGCUGUUUGCACCUCGCAUUUAAUGAAUCCACGGUUGGGUUGCCAAUAUUUUGACAAAGCUGUAUAUAUUAUAUUGCAGAAGAAAGAAUACAACAAUAAAUGAG